AAAAUUUUAUUCAACUUUAUACAUCGUUGUAAAAUUCAGAUGUAGUCGUUCUUUUUUUAUCGGCAAACCGAAUAUAUCUAUCAAAAUUACCAGCGUUCACGUUUGAAUCUUCCAUAUAUUCCGUCAGACAGCAGCACAAUUCGAAUAUCGUGUUACCCGUCUCCAUGGAAACGGGAAUAGCGCGUGCAAACAUCAAACGCGGAAUCUCACCAAAUCGAUGUUUCGAAGGGUUAUCCGGAGCGUCAACAUGUUUUACUCUCCGUAGAGCAUGGUUCGAAUAAAUUGGGAACGAGUAUUGUCCGUCAAGCCGGCAGCCUUGACGGACGAAGAGAUUGAGGAUUUAUUUCCCAUGGUGGUAAGCUGCGAUAUUGAUAACGUCGAGAAUAUUAGUAACCUAAAAGCCUUGAUGAAACUAUCUCAAGAAAUGCUGCAGCACAAAGACAAUCAGGUCGAGUCUUUGCUGCUAGAAUGCGACGAAUUGAAAGGAAAGAUUUCAGCGAUGAGUUCCAAGACCGGGUCGGCGUCGAAGAGAAAAAAAAGUGAGGGAAAGAAAGGAUCGUUCAGAAUUUAGCUGCAUGUAUAAUCCAGCAUCGGCUAAUUAACGAUUUCAUUUUGAUAUGCAGGUCUUGCCUCAGACUUGGUAAACGACGAUGAAGAUAGCGCUGUGUCCUCUGGAAGCGGCCUUGCCAGGGACAGAAAUCAGAAGAUUGCUACUCUCAUGUCUGAACUUGAGACCAUAGAAACUGAAAAUUUCACACUGAAGGAAAAGUUGCGAUUAAUCAAAGAAGAAAUGGAGGAUUCAACGGUACAAAUGAACCAGAUGACUGAAAAGCUGAGCUCUCUGAAAGGACAGAAUACACUGUACAAAGAAAAAUUAGCAGAACGUGACAGAGAAAACAAAGCUCUGCUGAGUCAAAUCAAGGCUAUAACCGCACAGCAAUUAGAUAGAGAUAAUGUUAUAGACGAAUUUAGUACAGCUAUCGAUGCUCGGGUAACUGAGUGGAAGCUAAUACUCGAUGAAAAAGAUGCUGAAAUAACUGCGCUGAGAGAAAAUCUCUCACAGUCGAUGAUCCAUUCAUUAACAUCCAUCAGGGAUGAGAAUAAAUCACAAGUUGUUCACUUGAAUGAAAUUAUCAAACAACGAGACCAGGCGAUAGAAGAAUUGCAGAAUAAACUCAGUGAGGCUGUAACGGAGAUGAACGAAAGCACCAUUCUUAUAGAAAAGUUGAAAGCAGACGCACAGAGGUUUGAAAAGAGCAGCAGACGGAAGGAGCAGCGAAACCUGCUGAAAAAAAUUCAAGAAUCCAACGAAAAAAUAAUAAAUCUACAAAACGUUUUAGCGCAAACAGAAAGCGAUGCCGAAAUAAAGAGUAAGGAGCUGUGUGAGGCGUUGAUAAUGUUGAAGCGUUAUGAGAAUAGUGAAUACGGUCUAGCUGAAGCGACCAAUGAAUUAAGGAAUCUAAAAUCCCAACUGCAACAAAAAGAGGACCAUAUUGAGGACCUUAUUCACAUUAUAAACAAAAUGGAAGAGCUGAGUUCUCAACAAGAAAUGAAGAUAGUUGCUUUGUGUGAAAAAUUGGAACUACCACCUGAUGAGACAAUUCCUGUAGAUGGAAUUGUAUCAAAACAUACAGAGGAGUUGCGAAAGGCAGAAAAUAUAAAAUUAGAAAAUGAAUUUUUGAAAAAAGAAAACAUUGAGCUCAAGUCUGAUGUAAGAGCAUUGAAAUACAGACUGAAAGCUUUAGCAGAGAAGACAAUUGUUCCACAUGUAGAUACUGUGGAGACCCAAUCUGAUCUCGUAGUAACUACCCCAAUGAAAAUGUCAAAGGGAAACUACAACUGGCUUGUGGAAAGGGAGGCAAUUGCACAACGGCAUAUGAAUGAGAUUGAGGAGAUCAAAAGCAAUGUCCGGAUAGUUGUUGAGGAAAAUGAAGCUCUGAGAAAGGGGAUGCACGAAAUACUGGACAGCGUGCAUAAACAAGACGGCUCUUGCGCCGUCGAAAUUCAGUCUGAAACCUUGGAACAACUUUUGGAAGCACUCGAUGUGAGGCAUUUAGCUGGUUGGUACCAUCCGGCAAUGAGAUUGCAGAGUCGUCUGAACACAAUAGAAGGUAGCAAUAGCGAACUUCGAGCGCAGCUAAGACAAAUUAGGUCAGAGCUGCAAAAAAAAGAUGAAAUUUUAAGACAGAUCGCUCUUAAUGAUUCGCUAAAAAAAACGACAUCAGACUCAGUCUCUGAGACUGGUGAGGUGAAGCCCCGUCAUUCCUUGGGACCUAUCGAUGCGCAGGAUUCGUGCGAAAAUGAAAAGUCUGAAUGGCAAAUAGAGAGGACCGCACUCUAUGAAGAGAAAAAUGAGCUGGAAGAUACGAUCAUGAGGUUGGAAGUUCACUUAGAGGAGUACGAAAAGAACUGGCAAGUUUUGGAAUCAGGUGAAGAGGAGAUUAAAAAAGCCUUUGUGAAAAUGUGUAAAGAAAGUGCUGAACACGCUGUACAGACAAUUGUUAUAAAUCGGAAAUGUAAAAUUCUCGAAGAGUUGCUCAGUAGAGAGUCGACCAAAUAUUACAACAGGCAGAAGGAGUACAUUGCUAGCGAAAAUGAGCUGAGAAAAAGACUUGCAAAUCUAGAAAAGUCUAAUAAGAUUCUUGACGCGCGAAUCAGUACGCUUCAGAGUAACUUGUCUAAUUCUGUUAGCUCAGUGGAGUUCAACGAGCUAAAAGAAAAACACAACGAAGCGUGUAUCCGAUUGAGAAUGGUGCUUGAGGAGAGAGGAGUCUAUGCAGAGGAAGAUUCAGCACUCCAUAGUGAAGCGAAAUCCCAACUAGGAGAAAGUGAGGACCCCGUCAGAAUCUCGGAGGGUGAAUAUACUGGUAAUGAGAGCGACGUAAAUCUGGAAAAACAACCUGACCAUGGUCCACAAACUAGUCAUGUUACCAAAUUACACGAAAAUGCACAAAAUCAAUUAGCAAAAUACAAAGCUGAAGUUGCGCAAUUUUCGAAGCUGAAUUUUGAGCUACAAGAGGAAAUAGUUGGGCUGCAUAAACAAUUGUCAAAGUACGUUCAAGGUGUUCGUCAACCAGACGAGACAAAGAUAUGUGAAUUGGAGGAAAAAGUUACGUCUCUAAAAAUUCAGAAUGAAAACGCUGAAAGGAGAGCAAAAAUUGCAGAUCAAGAAGCGCAGAUGCAUGCGGCUCAGAAUUUUCUAAAAACUUUUGAGAUGGAUAGUAUGAGACAUCAACUACUUGACCUUCAGUCAGUCAGUGAAGACAAGGAAAUUAUCGCCAGGCUUGGCUUCGAAUUGACAAAUUGUAAAAUUCUCGAGGCUGAGACAAGCAAGCGAAAUAUCUUACUCCAGAAUGAAAUUUCGCAUCUUCAAGAUGUGAAUGUUAAAUUGAAGCAAAAGACUGAAGACUCUCUUGCGAAUGUCAGGGAUUGCCAAAAGCAGUGUGACGCCCGUUGCAGGAGCUACUUAGACGUAAUAGAAUUUUUACAACGUCAGUACGCUGGCUCGACGUCGUUAACUGCGUUGGAGCGAUUUGAGUCAAUUUUAAAAAAAUCGAAAGUGGACCGGCUGGCUAUUGAUGAGUUACUGAAAGAGGCUACGAAGAACGCUGACAAUAUUCGGGCACAACAGGAUGUCCUUGCUGGGCGCUUGCAGGUUGUUGAACAACUUAAAAACAUAUUAGAAGAGCAAAUUGGAAACCCAGACGUGCAGGAUAUAAUACACCGCUUUUCAGAGAGCUCACAGUCGAAGCUUGGGGAGCUAAGAUAUAAACGGCAAAUAAACCAGCUUGAAAAUGAACUGCAAAUAGUCAAUAGCAGAAUUGCAUCUCAGGAGACUUUAAUAAACGCUAUGGAAUCGGAAAUGAUUUUUAUACAAAAAAUCUGGAGUAGAUCGUCUAAUAACAAUGACGGAAGUAGCAAUCAAAAUCCAGAGAUAAACAUCAUCGAUGUAGACGUAGAUGUUGUAGAUGUAGAAACGGCUUCGAUCGCUGUGCAAACGCACAUAGAGAGCCGUUCCGUCGAGACGCAAGUCCACCGCGAUCAGGAAGCGGUUCCAAUUACCAGUGUCAGGAAUGAGUCAAACGGAGAUGGGCAAACUGAUUACACUUCUCAAAUCGGUCUGAACGAGAGACUGAAUCAAGCGUUAUCCCUGGCCUCAGAGCGAUCUGCUUUGCUUGUAAAGUACGAGUUGGAAAUUGCAGAGUACCGAGAUAAAAUAGCCACUCUGAAUGAGCAACUUGCCGAAAAAAAUUCUCUGCUCAGUACAGUAACCGAAAAAACUGAAGAACCUGUAAAGUUCAAUCCAAGUGUUGCAGACAUUGAGACCUCCGAUAAAAUAGUCCUGAGAUCGACGGUCAACAGUUUGCAAAAAAUUAUUACUCAAAAGGAAGAAACCAUUCUCAGGUACCAAAAUUUGUUGAAAGAAGACAGAGAUGAACACAGCAAAGCAGCUGCUCGCUUACAGGAGGAAAUCAAGAGUCUUCAGGCUCGAGUAGCUGGAAUGCAGCAACAGGUGAAUCAAAAAGUAAACGACUACAUUCAUUUGCCCGAGGCUUUGCCAGUCAGAGAAAAAGUGCAUAAAGAUAGAAACAAGAAUAUCGACCUGGAAGAAGAGGCUGAGAAAUUGAACGAACGUGUUUCUACACUAGAGGCUGAUUUGAGUAUAGCUAAGGAGUUGGGAGAACGAUGGCAUCGACUUGCUGAAGAGAGACUGAAGCACAUGGACCACAUGAGAGGAAGAUUAGACGAACAGCACAAAAAUGAGCUAGAGAGCUACAGAAUGGAGCGCGACAAGUGGCAGCUCGAGGCUGAUACACUGAGGCAACAAUUAUCUGACAACAGAGUGCAGCUUGCUAAGGGAAACAGUUUGUUAUCCAAAGAGUUGCAAGAAAGGGAUAAUCGAAUUCAUGAGCUUGACAUAGCUUAUCAGGAGCUGCAGAACGAGAUGGAACUCGCUGAGAGAAACACAGUUUCGCGACAGACGGUAGCUCAUGAUUCUAAGAUGCAGGAGAUCACUAACAGUAUUGGGAGAGCUCAGUCCAACCAGUUGCAAUCUCAGUUGGAUCUUGCCCGUAAGCAACUACAGGCACUGGCGGAAAAAGAGAAGAAUUACAAAAGUCAGAUCGUCGAUCUCAAACAGCAGCUGAGUCGGAGGUACAUGGCAGCUAAAACCCAUGAACAAAGAAACUCUCAGCGUGAAAUACAACUUGAAAGAAAAGCGAGGGGAUUAGAGGAAGAGUUGCAUACGCUCAAACUACAACUGGAAAGAGAAAAAUUCACGCACGAAAAUAAGAAACUCAAAACAGCAGAGGAACUAGCACUGUGGGACAAGCAAAAACGAUGGCAACAAACGGCUGAGAAGUUCAAGGAAAAAUUGAAGGAUAAGACAGAGGAGUACAACAAGCUGCAAGCGAAUCACGAGAAGCUCAGAGCAGUAGUGUCCUGCAUGGAGCGUGAAAAAUGGUACCUACGAAGUAAGUUGAGGUGCGAAAAUGGCUGCCUCAUUGGUAGCUUGUCCGCUAGACCUAGAACGUUGAACCACACGGAUAUCCUGGAAGAUCUUCAGCACGAAUGCCACACGCUGAGAAGCAGAGUCCGGGAACUAACCGAUCGUCUCGAGAGUGCAGACACGUCACAGCUAAUUUUACAGAUCGAGGCACAACGACGACAGAUUUCAUCUCUGGAAACCGUGACCAAGGGAAACGAGUAUGUCGUCGACCAAUUGGAGAGACUCGAGGCGACAAAAGACGUCCUGGAGAAGAACAAUCUAAAGUUAGAAAGCGAGAACUUGGAGCUGCGGCUUGAAAUCGAACGUAUUGUUCUAGAUACCCCGAGAUUGAGGGAGAAGGUUGAGCAUUUAGAAAAAUACGUGGAACUACUGAAAGUAGAAAAAUCUACCGAAUCAUCGCCGCGUUUAUUUGCAAAGGAAUCUCACGAGCAUGGAAACAAAUCAACCGUUGAACUCGAGAAAACCGUGUUUACUUUGAAGCGGGUAAUCGAGAAGCUCCAAGCGGAGAACAAGCGUUUAAAAGUAAUCGCGAAAAAGAAUCCCCACCCGCAAUCAAUGACAAGGCCAAACAGCGGCGGAAGCACUUCGUCCCUUCACGGGCAAUACGAAAGAGCGCAGCAGCGCGUUGUUGCCCUAGAAACCGACCUCCAAUUAGCCGAACAAAGAAUAGCGAUGCUUGAGAAUUCGCGGAAGGAAGAGGACAACGCGGGAGAGAUUGGCGUUUUAAGGCAGCAACUGGCGCACAAAUCGGAACUGCUUGACAAAGUUAAACAGCUACUGACCAGGGCUGCUAUUAACGAAAAAUCAUUGCGGCAGAAGAUCCAAAUGCUCGAGGCUAAACAAUCCUUGGAAACCAUACCAGAGUGCUACGUAUCGCCGCCAACUCCGGACAACUGAGAGUAUGUUUAAUUAACUAGUCGAGGAUGAACAUGAACCUGGACUUGUCAUCGACGAUCAU